AGUACCAACUAUUACUAGCAAGAUAUCAAACAAAGGCACCUCAAGAUUAUCAUCAUUCACAAACGUCAAAGAAACAAAUACUACUAGGGUGCGAGACUCUCUCGAACUGCAAAGGAUAGUCAGGAAGGGUGAUUAUCGGGUUCUGACUCUUAAACAUACUUUGGACUUAGGGUGGAAGUUUGUGUUGAAAUAGGUGUGAAUUGAAAUUUUUGAAAUUUUUACUUUGAUCGGUUCUAAACCUUGGGACCUUUUCCCUUAGUCAAAGCAAAAAAAUUACGUGGUUAUACUUAGGGCUGUCAACCGGUCGGUUUCGGUUUAACCGAAAACUAAAAACCCGGUUAUCGGUUAAACCUAGCCACCCUGCACACCUGCCGACGAUCGACCGUGAGAGUGGUCACGGUUAGUGAUAGAAGAAGGGAAGCAGGAGGAGUUCUCAUGAAAGAAAUUGCUUGGCAACUUGCUCUCCAAUCCGUGCUAGAAGAAGAAGAGCAACAAAGGGUGCAGAAAGAAGUUGUGGAGGAUGACGAAAGUGAAGCAGGAGGAGUUCUUGAUCAUUUCCCAGGGGUGAUACCACAUGAAGAAGAAAGGGGGGUUGAAGAAGCAAUUGGCGUCCAGGCUGAGGACGGAGUUAAGGUGGAAGAGGCCUGCACUGGCCAUGAGUUACAUGUGAUAUCUCCACCAAACUUCAAGGAACUGCUUAGCAAGGACCCAUUUGCAGUGUCUCUUUGCCAGACCAAGGCCACCUCGACAUCGGUCCCUCUUGGUGGACGCGAUGGUGGCCAAUCGAUACUGUCAUAUCUGGUUUGGGGCAAUGAGACGAGAGAAGAGAAUGAGAGGUCUCGAGGGUGGAGACUUCAUCUGCAUCAAGUACAUGAGCCUUCAUCACCUGCCACACCACAUGCUCGUGACUUGAGACUCCACCUCAUCGACGAGAACCUCAACUUCAAGGAGGUUCUAGCAUGGACCGAAACUUAGGAGCCAUCGUCCGGCUCACGACGUGAAAGAAGCGCUUGUUGGGAGGCAACCCAACCAGUCGGUUUGCAUUUCUGUCUCUAUUUCUCCUCGGUUGAGUCAGUUUGCUAUUUGAUUUUAGAGUCAAUAACUCAACCUUUGUGAGAUUUUGUGUGGUGUUUGUGUUCUGAUUACUCUCUCUUUCUGGAAUGCACCGCCUGACCCGUUCAUCAUCAUUCACCCUUGAUCUGGUAACUUCGUUCUACCCUCCUUAUCUUUCCUCCAUUGAGGACAAUGUCGUGCUUAAGUGUGGGGGGAUGUUCGAUUAUGUAUGCGGGUGAAUGUUUGGCUGUUUGUGUGCUUGGAGCCUAGUCCACUGUCCAAAUUUUUAAAUUUGAGGGCUCCAAGUACGUGUUUCCUUGCAAUUGCCUGCUCAGUAUGCUUUGAAUUGACAGUCUUUAUAGUGAUAUGCAACCUAGGGAGGUAGUGUAGCAUUAUGGAGGAUGUUGAUGCAUUUAAGAAGUCUCAUUUCUUCUUCAUAUUGAGUUGGUUGAUUGAGUGAAUUAGUGAUCUUAGGACCCUUGAAUUGUGUGGUGUUGUGGAUUCUCUGCCUGUCAUGGACUCUUGUAUCAUGUUUUAAGUUUAACAGGUGCUCGAAAAUGUGCUUCAAAAUAACGUCUCCCGUGCGAAUAGGGCGAAAGUGUGUAAGGGGAGACGGGAAUCCGUUCCCAAUUUCCACCUACUACCUCCAGCCCCCUUACAUGUCUUUCCCCCGCACGAGGCUCGAGACAUCCGCUCCUGGCAUGGCCGGUAAGAGCAGGUUGGGACCCUUGAAAAGAAAAGAAAAGAAAAAUAACAGAAAACAAGCAAAACAGAAAAAAAGGGGUUCCAACCAUCUUCAAGAACAAAAUAGAGCACCUCGA